GUAAGCACUUUUAUAUUCUUUAUCUAUAUCUUCAGAAAGUAUUUUCAAUGAAAAUUAACUAUGUAGAACAUCUGGCUUGGUACGAAUGCUCAGUCAAGCCUUACAUUACAACACCACAUCAUUAUCCGACGCGCUGCUGGUACGCAGCGAAAUACAGACCAUCACGAACGCUGAAUGAUUUUCGACAACAGCACCAACGUCAGCAGCAAACUUCUCGAAAUAAUGGUAGCAAAAUUAAUCCUAGAAAGAGACCAAGGAUUGAAGCAGAUACUGAAGAAGACAUUGACAACGAAGAAGUAGACGGGAGACCAAAUAAGAAAAAGAUCAAUCUCAGUCUCAGCGACAACAGCAAUGAUUAUAACAACCCACCCUUUGUUAUGACAAUGGAUGCGGAUUCACCUGAUUGGCCUCAUUUCACUUCUGAUGAAGACGAUUGGAAUGGAGAACAUAGUGCAUUAACAGAAAUAGACAACAAAGCUCUGGCCCAAAGCACGACAGGUUAUACUGAGGAUCGUACUGGUGAUAUCUUGUUCGCUACUGAUGAUUGUAUACUCAGCUUAAAUACUGAAAAUCUGCCGACCAGUUCAAAGUCUAUUUCCAGAACGAUAAGUGAGAACACAAUAUAUUAUGAUGCUGAGAGCUGUGUGCAUGAUAUGGACGAGGAACUUAUCAAUAAUUCGAUUGAAGAAAUGGAGCUUUGUGACGUUGAGCAGAACGAGGGAAGAAUCAACAACCACAAACACCAAAAGCAAAAAUAUGCAAUCUUAAAUGUGCUCAGAUCAAACUUUUACGCCGAUUCCUUGAUUCCCAACCAAUUGGAGUCUAUAUUAGCAGCUAUGAAUGGAAGUGACAUAUUGCUAGUGAUGCCUUCUGGCGAGCCAAGAAAACUUUGCUAUUUAUUGCCCGCUUCAUUAAACUACCAGCAGCAGCAUAAAGCGCAAAUGAAACAGGCGAAUCAAAUGACGAUUGUAAUCACACCCUCCUUAAAUUACUUAUUGGAACAAGAUAACGAUCUCCUACAGUCAUACAAGAUUCAAGCUUGCUUAUUUGUUACCAAUUCACAACAUGAGGAAAACGGAAAACCAAGGAAUCAGCUUCAACAAUUGCUGUCCUAUUUUGUCAAUGAUAAUAGUAAUGGUAAAUUCUCAAUACCGCAAAUACUCUACAUAACACAUCACGACUUUUGUGAUUCUAUUCAUGUCUUGGAGGAUCUGUAUCACAAAAAUGCGAUCGCAAGGUUCAUUAUCGAAGAAGCGCAUUGUAUAUCUCAAUGGGGUGUAGAAGCCUCAAAUUAUUUCAUAUUCGGUUACUUACGCUUAGCCGAUAUACUGCGGAAGACCUUUCGCACCAUACCUAUUACCGCUUUAACAGCUAUACCCAAUGAAAGAAUUCAUUUAGAUAUCCUCCAAUGUUUGCAUAUUGAUCCUGAACAAUUAUUCUAAGUCUCCUUUGUGAGGUUUGUUUCACGGCUCAUCACCUCCAUCAUCACCUGAUUACAUAACUUUGC